UUUUUAAUUACAUAAUCGAAAUGCAAAGGUAAAUACUACACAAAUACGUGCAGUGCAUCUUAUAAACCAUUUGUUUUCACCGAAGGACAUUAAUUAUGUGUUGACAUGCAGUUCGAACAUGUGAUGUGUUAGGCGUGCUGACUACUAAAUACAUUAAACGCUCAUCAAAAUUAAACGAAAUUUAGGUAAAAUUGAUAGAGGAAAAUUGACCUUAAUUACACAGUUCAAUCAAAUGUGAUGGUUAGGUUAUCACGAGCGUUAUCAUGUACACUGUAUUUGUGUUAUGAUAAAAACGUGAAAAUAUGUCUAUGUAUACCUUGUAUAUUUGAUAAAACUAAAUUUAGAAGUUUAGUUUUAACAACAAUGUAAAGUGGUUGGAAAAUGGACAGUUAUCAUGUUGUCAACUGUUAAGUAACUGUUGUGACAAAAAUAUACGUGAUUUCUAGUUUUAUUUGUAAAGAAAAUAUAUACGCUGUCAUAUAUGGUACUGUUAUAAACCGUGUUUUACGGAAGUAAAGGAGUCAAAAAUGAUUGGAACAUCAAAGCUAGCAUCAAUUUUCAUUCUAUUUGGAUUGUCUUUGUUUAGUGGAAUUAUUUCCUGCGUGACUGUGCGAUGUUUGGUACUUAAACUUGGAUCUUCGUCUAAAUUCAAACGUGCAAUAAACAUUUUGAAUUGCUUCUCUGGCGGCGUUUUCUUUGCCACUUCCGUUUUGAAUCUUUUACCGGAAGCGCGGGAGAGCAUGGAACAUGCGUUGGAAAGUUACGAUUUCAGCUCAGAGUACCCAUUCACAGAACUAGCUAUGUGUAUAGGAUUUUUCAUGAUUCUCACGCUAGAACACAUUGCGCAUAUUUGUUGCUCUGGCAAUAGCGGCAUUUCGAAACGAGAUAAUAAAGGACAUCAAGAAAUUGGUUCAAAUGUCCACAAAUCUGUGUCCGGAUCUACGUACAAAGAUGGGCUAGUAAGUUAUAAGAAAGUCAGUGAUAGGGUCUAUAAAGGUUUAGGUUCGGAGGACCCAAUAUUAGUUGCAAGCGAUCUAGAGGACUCUUCGUAUCACGACGAUAUCACAUAUCAAACAUAUGGUACGGUCGAUGAUUCCCUUGACAAGACGACCGUGCGCCCGUAUUCAGAACAUAAACGUGACUCUACAGCUGCAGACAUGAAAGAAGUUAUUUUUAGAGCCAGUGAUAGAAUUCUUAUCAAAAAUGCAAAUGUUUCGAAAGAGACUCACAAUCAGUCCACUCGAGAUGCCUUGGAAGAAGCCAGACAUUCCGCAAAUGAGGACCCUGCAAGGUCAAGGCUGAGAGGACUUGUACUUCUAAUAGCACUAUCCCUACACAUGAUUUUUGAUGGUCUUGCUCUAGGACUUUUAAAAGAUACUUCGAAAGUGUGGGAACUCCUCGCGGCACUAUCAUUGCAUAAAGUACUUGUGUUCUUUACAAUAGGAGUACAAACUCUCGAAAUUCUUGCUUCCCUGAGGAAAACAAUUCUUGUUAUUGCAAUUUUUGCUCUAAUGAGUCCAUGUGGCAUCAUCAUUGGUGAGAGUAUUAACCUUUCCGGGGAGUCCGUGGCAAAAGACAUGUCGUCAGCCAUAUUACAGGGUGUAGCAACCGGAACGUUUCUUUUUGUCACGUUCUUCGAGAUUUUACAACGAGAGUUAGGAACUGGUGACCAUGACCUUCUGAAAGUUUUUACGACUGUCGUUGGUUUUGCACUUGUUGCUUGUAUACGGCUGCUUGAGCAUGAGCAUGGGGAAUGACAGAAGACAUGAAAGUAAACAUUCUAUAUUUUUUUAUAUGACUGUAAAACUUAUUGAGAAUGUUCAUGAACCAUUUAUUGUGGUUUUUGACUUGUAUCUCAUCGCCAAGUAUUACUGUAGUGCAUUAAGCGGCAUUUUUGAGAGAGAGAGAGAGAGAGAGAGAGAGAGAGAGAGAGAUAUAUAUAUAUAUAUAUAUAUAUAUAUAUAUAUAUAUAUAUAUAUAUAUAUAUAUAUAUACAGCUGUAUUCGUUUCAUACAGAGCUGUCUAUGGAUGUCCUUGAAAUUAGAAAUUAAGAUUGCGAAUUCCGCUAAAGAGGUUUUCGGUCACAUCUUGUGCUGUCUCCACAUUUUUCAGUACACAGGACUAUUUUCCGAGUUAAGACGGUGUAAUGGUAUAUCAAAAUUUUAUGUAUAUAUUUAAAAUUUUGUUUCAACACAUAGUGACUUAACUCUUUUUUAAUUAAGACAUAGUAAGCCAUGUCCAAACACAUUUUAUUGAACAAGAGGUAGAUAGCUAGCGCACUAUAUUAGUGGGGAAAAAAUGAAUGUUUUCCAUCUUUUAGCAAAAUAAAGAAUUAUUCUGCUGCAAAAAAUUUCAAUAAAAUUGCUCAAUAUUAAAAUACCAAGAAAGAAUUAUGAUUAACUCUACGCUUCUAUUGUUUUGUUUUUUUGUUGUUGUUUUUGUUGUUUUUCAAAACUACUAUGACAGAAAUAAUUGAUAUUGAAACUUCGAGACCAUUUUUCUCAAAAUGGGGAAAAAAGAAAUUCUGUAGGAAAGGGACAAAGAAUGCAUGUUUUACAAUGUAAUACAAGCCGUUAAUGUCUACAAUCGAAAUUAUGAUGUUUAGAUAUUGCAUUUGAAUAAACUGCAUACGAUUA